GAAAUCUUUCGAUUGUCAUCAGGAAAGACGUUCCUUGGUGUGGAAAUCGCACGAAUAAUUCUCCAAAACCGCGUUCGAUGGGGCAUAGUUGAGCCGAUCCUCGUGGUUGCUUAUACAAACAAUGCCGUCGAUAGUUUUGCGGAACUGCUUCUGAAAAAGAUCCGUGCGGACCAAGAUAAAGGUUAUGUGCUACACGAUGGACCUCUUGGUGUCCGCCUUGGAACGAAGUCUGAGAGCGAAUUCUUGAAGAGGGCAGGCUGUAUGAGAACAGACUUAGUACAAGAUCACAAGGAGCUAAACUCGGAGUGCCUCACUGACGAAUUCAACAGUGCGAUGAAGAGACUGAGGGAUGCUGGCCGACGAUUAGCAGAAGCCAGCUUCAUCCUCUACAUGUUCAAGAGGAAUCUUGCCAGCUAUCGAGUGUUGACGAACUAUAAUGUCAUUUCUGAAUCAUUCCGACGUGAAUUUCGCGCAUGGCAAGCAACGCACUGCGAUUCUUCUGGCAACAAACUCGAUGAUGAUGAGACUCUGGCUUGCUGGCUUUUGGAAAAGGUCUACACCGCUGAUACUUGUGGGAACGACUUAACGGAAGAUGAUGUUGAUGAGUUGGAAGAAGACGAAGAAGAAGAUAUGAGUGAUAGCACAGAAGAUGAAGCCGACGGAGCUGACACACUCGACAGUCUUCUCGAGGUUGUAAAUCAGCAAGCCGUCAACGAUGACGAGGCAGGCGAUGAAGUCUUCCUUACAGAACGGAAAUGGGAUAUAUUGAAGAAAAUGGCGAAAAGAGAUGAAGUGAAAAUUGGUCCUGUCGAAAAAGAUGUCACUCUUCUCAGUAACCGCUCAGAAGGCUACUCAUGCAAGAACUCGACGAACGAAAAGGCCGGUAGACAAAACAUUAGUCCAUGAAUGCACUGAAGCUAGAGAUGCAAUCGUUCGGGUGAAACCCAUGUCUCUACAAGAAGCCACUGAUGUGAAAUACGUUUUCUCCCUGAGUAAACAGCGGCGGUGGGAGCUGUACAUGUUGUGGAUGCAGCAACUGAGGGAUUGUGCUCGGCAGCUAUUGCCUCGCCUAAUGGACGACUAUCGUGCGGAAUGUGAGACAGUGAAAAGGGUACGAAAUGAAUGUCAUGCUGAAGUGUUGCGACAUUGCCUGGUUGUUUUUGCUACAACGACCGGUGCGGCGAAAGAGCGAGGGUUGCUGGAAAGAUUGCGUUGUCCCGUGGUCCUUGUGGAGGAGGCCGCUUGGAUUCUAGAAGCUCAUACUUUGGCAUCCUUGUUACCGACAGUCGAGCACGUAGUAUUUAUUGGUGAUCACCAGCAGUUGAGACCUUCUCCUGCUGUGUAUGAAUUAGCUUACGAGUACAAUAUGGACAUUUCAAUGUUCGAGAGGUUGGUGAAGAAUGGACACCCCUACAAAACACUUGGGGUGCAACAUCGAAUGAAUACAGACAUAACGACCAAUAUUAUCAGACCAUAUUUCUAUCCUAGUGUUGCUGAUGAUGACACAGUGCUAGCAUAUCCGGAUGUGCCAGGUAUGGAUAAGAAAUGCUUCUUCUGGAUGCAUGAAGAACCAGAAACGACACCUGUUGAUGCACUAUCGAGGAGCAACGCUCAUGAAGUGAAUAUAGUUGUUGAACUAGUUGCAUACCUGCAAAAACAAGGAAUACAGUCUCAUGAGAUAACAAUCAUUACGGCCUAUUCGGCACAGCAAAUUGCAAUGCGAGAAGCGGUUAUUACUAAGUUUGGUCGAACGGCUGACGACCAGCCAUCGGUAGCUGUGGAGACUGUUGACGGCUUUCAAGGAAAGGAAAAUCGUAUUGUAAUUGUGUCUCUGGUACGAUCGUUAAUGGAAGGAAUCGGAUUCCUAGCCGUGGAGAAUCGUAUUACGGUUGCAUUAACUCGGGCGCGUCAUGGCAUGUAUGUUAUUGGGAACCUUACCUAUUUGGCGGAUUGCUCAUCGUUUUGGCGCAAACUAGGCCUCGAUAUGUACAAGAAGAGAUUUGGUGGUUCAUUAUUGCCCAUUCGCUGUGUUCGUCAUGGCAAUGUUCAGAGCAUUGGGCACCCAACCGAAUUUGCUACUAAAUCACCGGAGGGUGGAUGCAUGGAGAUCUGUGAUACCGAACUUCCAUGUGGUCACAAAUGUCCUCGUAGGUAG